AUGAAGAGCGGCGCUGAAGCAGACAUUGCACGCCAAGUAGACGCGUUGGUGGCCGCCCAGGUGGCAGAGCUGUUGAAACUGCACAUGCCCGAGGAGCUGCAAGUCGAGGUUGCGCGGCAAGAGGAAUGGUUGGAGGAGAUCCAGAGGGAUCUCCGCACCGAGAACCGGCGGGCAAAUGCGAUGCUUCGCGAUGGCGAGUCAGCACCGCUGCAGCCGAUCUACAAGACGGACGGAACGGUCGCAGACAAGUUUCCAUCGACGCUGAAAGAGCUGUUUGAAAUGGACGUAUCGACCUCGCAGGAGCUUAUGAGGGAAUACGAGCUGUCCGAGUGCUCAGCGUCGCGCGAACGAAACCUCAACCGACUGAUGCAGUUCUUCAAUGUCAAAUAUCAAUUGGCUGGCGCUGUAGGUUCGUGA